AGGAAAAAGAAAACCAUGGCUGUUAAUAAGUGCAUCAAAUACCUUCUCUUCUUCUUCAAUUUCCUUUUCUGGGUGAGUGGCUGCAUCAUCCUGGGUGUGUCCAUCUACCUGAAAGUCAGCAAGGAUGGAAACCGGAUCACCAAUGAAUCUCUUCCCGGCAUCGACCUGAUGAUCGCCAUCGGAGUGAUCAUCAUGCUGCUCGGCUUCCUCGGCUGCUGCGGCGCCAUCAGAGAGAACCGCUGCAUGCUGCUGCUGUUCUUCAUCAGCCUCCUCGUCAUCUUCAUCCUCCUGCUGGCGGCGGGCAUCCUGGGAGCCGUGGGCGAGAAGAAGGUGAAGGAUUGGGUGAAGGAGCGUCUGGAAAAACUGACCCCGUUGUCCAAGCAAACAGACGAUGUGAAGAAAGACCUGGAGAAUCUGCAGCAGAACCUGAAGUGUUGUGGACUUGUGAACGGAGCGUCAGACUGGGACGUAGUCCCUAACUCCUGUCGCUGCAACGCCACCGAUACAGACUGCAAGUCUGGCGUCUACUCCACGCCCUGCGCCACCCAAAUCAUCCGUCUGAUGGAGAAACACAUGGAGGUGGUGGUGGGAAUCGCAUUCGCCAUCGCCAUCCUGCUGAUCGCCGGCAUGGUCUUCGCCAUGAUUCUCUACUGUCAGAUCGGCAGGAAGGACGCCGCCACCACUGCCUGAACACCUGAACAUGGCCAGGACCCCUCCAUGUCUGGCAAUGGCCAAUCAGCAGUGUCCAAAUGACCCACCAUAUAACAUCCACCUAACCUCAGUGCUACUGUAGCUUAACCUGCGCUUUUAUGGAGAAGGAACACACUGAUAUUUUGGCUGAUCAGCUUUAUCAAUAAACAGAUUUUUCACCAAAAUUGUAUCCCAUUAAUAAACAGCCUAAUGUG